CCUAAUUGAUUUCUCUCUCUUACUUUCCCAUUCUCUCGCUAAUUCUCUAUCACUUUCCAUCGAUCUCUCUCUCUUUCACGCUCCCAAUCUCCCAAUUUUCUUUCAAUUUCUCUUCCCAAUCACAUAUAAUUCUCAAUUUUCUCCCAAAUUUUCCUAAGAAAAUCACCAAGCACUACCAAUUAAACUACAAAAAUGGACAAGCAAGGUGAGGAAGGAGUCCUUGCCACCGAUAAAGGAAAGAAAAGAAGAACCAUUGCCAGCCAAGGGAGGACCCAAUGCGGUGCAGCACAAGGAAGAAAAGAAGAGUGGGCGGCUAAGGAGAAAAGAGGAAAAAUAAAAGAAAAGAAAAGAAAAGAAAGGAAAAGGAAAGAGACGAAAGGAAGAAAAAAGAAAAGAAAGGAAGAAGAAAGAAAGGAAAAAGGAGAAACAGGAAGAAAAGAAAUAGAGAAGACAACUAAAGACUUAAGAGCAGAAGCUAAAAGGAGAAAAGCACAAUUUAGAGCUCAACAACAACAACAAAGAGAACAAGAGCAAGAACAACCACAAAAAGCAAUGGCUAACAAUAACAACAAUGCCAACAACAGUUCUGUGAAAGAUCAUGCCUAUCCUAACAUUGAGGAUUUUAUGCCUAGUAUCACAAAACCAAGAAUAAAAGCUAAUAACUUUGAAUUGAAGCCUGCACUUUAUCAAAUGGUACAAUAAUCACAAUUUGGAGGAAGUCCAAGUGAAAGUUCACAUGUGCAUUUGGCACACUUUCUUGAGAUCAGUGAUAUAUUAAAGAUAAAUAGAGUUUCAAAUGAUGCAAUUUGACUCAGAUUAUUUCCUUUCUCUUUAAAGGACUAAGCUAGAGAGUGGUUACAUUCUUUACCACAGGGUUCUGUCAUAACAUGGGAUGAACUUUCUCAAGCAUUUUUAGCUCAAUAUUUCCCACCAAGCAAGACAGCUAAGCUAAGAAAUGAGCUGACUUCUUUCAAACUUAGAGAUGAUGAGAGCUUGUAUGAAGCAUGGGAGAGAUACAAGGAUUUACAAAGGAGAUGCCCACACCAUGGGAUUCCUAAGUGGAUGCUUGUUUAACACUUUUAUAAUAGUGUUUCUCUAGCUAUUAAGAGUAUAAUUGAUGCAUCUUCUAGAGGUGAUCUCAUUUAGAAAUCUAAAGAUGAAGCUUUUUCUACUUUCGAUAAAAUUGCUUAUAACAACUACCAGCGGAGUUAUGAGAGGAAUGAGAUAAAGAAACUAGCUGGUAUGUAUGAGCUUGAUGCCAUGAAUAUGACUAAUGCUAAGUUUUGAUGCUUCAACAUGAAAGAUCAUGAGUUUUAAUUCUUUUCCUUGUGUAUCUAUUUUACUUGUCUACUUUUGCUACCAUCUGGGUAUUAUCUUAAUAUUUAAUUGAAGGACCAAAAAGUAAAAAUCAUUGAUAAAUAAUCAAGGAUUAAAACUUAAAAUCACUUAGAUUUAGAAAUAAAUUAGAAAUAUAAGAGGAUUCAUUGAUUGGCUACAAAAUAUAAUGGGUUUUAAGUAAAUCAAAUAUCAUAUGAAAGUAGACUUGGUUUUCUUGAAACACUCUUUGGUUUGCUUGAAAAAAAUAUCAAAGGACCUUAAGAUCAAUUGCCUUCAAACUUUAUUUUCUCUUAAAUUGGAUGGACCAAGACAAAUCCCAAUUAAUUUA